AGCCAUGUACAGAGUUAGGCUUCCCGCUUCCGGAGCCUGGAAUGGGACUUUGGCUAGGGUUUUAGCGUUGGGGUUUGGAGCUCGGAGGACAGGGUGAGGAGCUAGGGUUUGCUCUGCUCUGAACUUUUGCGUUCUAGUUAGAUUUGUAUUUUCGGUCUUACAAUUGCGUAGCCAUGCCGGAGGACAAAAGGAAGAUGUUGCAGGCCCUGGUGGCCAAGAGGAAGGCCGAAAAUGAGGCGGGAGGGAGAAAGAAGCCCAAGGAAGUCACGGCGGAGGGGGUGGUGGUUGGAAGGAAAGACAUGAAGGUGUCGGGAGGUGCCAAGGUACAGAAGUACUCGCCGCCUGCGAGUAAGGGGAAGGCGAAAGUCAAGACCCCCGCGAAGAAGACGGUAGAGAAGAAGUGGGAUAGCGCUUCCGAUACGUCCGAGGACGAGGACGUUCCCGGGGAAUCCGAGGAAGAGGAGGAAGAUGAUGAUGGCGGCGAGGAGGAUUCGGAAGACUCGGAUGUGCCGAAAAAGUCCGCCAAGAAGCCCAUUGCGAAGUCAGCACCCAAGUCCUUGUCUGCGAAGAAGGGGAAAUCGGUGGCGGUCGCUCCUCCUAAAAAUUCGAAGGGUAAGGGUAAGAAGAAAACGGAUAGUGACGAUAGCGAUGCUGUGAAUGGUGCUGAGGACGAUGACAGUGAUCUGUCAGAGGAUCCUCUAGAUGAAGUGAACCCCGACAACAUUUUGCCUUCACGGACCCGGAGACGCACUGCACAACCUGUAAACUAUGAUUUUGGCAGUGGUGAUUUGGAUGAGGAUGACGAUAGUGAUGACGAGUGAGCAUGAAAAUUUGUUAUCCUCGUGCAAUUGGUGUCACUCAGGUUGGGUGUCGCCGUGCACAGGAGAAUUUUGGUGAAACAUUCGGAGGGUCUGCUCAGGAGACGAUUCUUGGCAUGAAUGAGCCUAAUUUUCUCACGUACUCGAGAAUCGGCUCUUGAACAUGCUCUCAGAGCUCCAGCCUUCUUCCUCUGCUGCAUCACAAGUUGACUAUUCAUCAAUCUUCCAUGCCCCAGAUGAUGGAGAGAGGCUCUUGGCCGUGUGUAGUCUAGGUCCCCUUUAUUGAUCUCUUAGAAGGUGUAUCUGAUUGUGAUGAAGUUCCUGGAACAGAUUGAUAUGAUUCUCUUAGUGUGAUAGCGGAACAGCGGGGUCUCAAGUCCGACUGUAAUUUGAGGAAGUUGGUUUAAGACAGACGGAAUGUAUUACUGUGCUAUUGUCUUGCAGAAAUAGCACAGCAUUGCAUAUACUUUAUUCUGGUCAUGAUUGUCUUAAGGCUGCAAAACCAGACUUCAGAAA